UUCAGACACUUCAUUUUCAUCGAUCAAUACAAUAGUUUCACGAUAAGCUAUAACAAAAUGAAUUCCAAAGGGUUACUUUUUCUUACUAUGUUGCUGGCUUCCAUCCUUCUCAUCUCUGCUGAGAAAUCUGAUAAAAAAGAUGAUAAAGCAAAUGGGGUCGAUGAAAGCAAAUAUGACUAUGAUGGAGGUUUGGGUUACGGUGGUCCAUGGCGUGGAGGUUGGGGUUACGGUGAUCCAUGGCGUGGUGACUAUGGUUGGGGAGGUCCAUGGCGUGGCGGCUUUGGUGAUGGCUAUGGUGGCUGGCGUGGCGGAUUGGGUGGUGGUUAUGGUGGCUGGCGUGGUGGUUGGCCUAAAGAACACAGCGAUAUUAAUACUGAUGCUGAACCUCAUAACUAAGCAAGAAAUUCAGCUAAGAGUGGUCUCUUGUUGUACUAUGCAUCACAAUAAAUAAAACUUCAUGUUAAAUGAAGUUAGAAAUGUAAUAAAACGGUUGAUCUUGUGUAUGUUGGAAAUUUAGUUCUUAAUAAAAAUAGAUUUCAUAAAA